AUGUUCGCUGCAAAGAGCUUUAUGAUCAAGCAUGUUAUGACUCCUUUGAGACUUCAAAAACGAGGAUCAUCAUCAUCUAAAUCAUCUUUUAAUAGAGGAGUACAUUUCUUCUUCAAAAAGAAUCUUUUAUUCACAAAUAGCAUAACUUCGGGAGGUUUUAUGGUAAUAGGUGAUCUGAUACAACAAGAAAUUGAAAUCCAUGGAAACCUCCUACCAUCUAGAUAUGACUGGACACGGACAACAAGAAUGUUCAUAAUUGGAACACUUAUGGGACCACUUCAUCAUUUUUAUUAUAUUUAUCUUGAUAAGCUAUUACCCAAAACCGACUUAAAAACAGUUGGUAAGAAGAUUUUGAAUGACCAGUUACUUGCGUCUCCCGCAACAAUAUUUUGCUUCUUCUAUGGAUUAGGGUUUCUAGAAGGAAAGACAAUAAAAGAAUGUACAGCAGAGGUUAAGGAGAAGUUCACAUAUGUCUACCUUGGAGACUGUUUAUUUUGGCCUCCAAUCCAGUAUAUAAACUUUUGCUAUUUACCAACACAAUACAGGGUAUUUUAUAUAAAUUUUGCCACAAUGAUUUACAAUGUAUUUCUAUCAUUUAUGAAACAUUAUGACCAACCAAAGAAAGUAUGA